AUGACCUUGUUCCAUAAUAUGAUGCACAAUGAAAUCGAAGUAUACGUCGAUGACAUGAUUGCGAAGUCAAGAUUAGGCGAGAACCAUGUUGCAAUUCUUCGCAAGCUAUUCGAGCGCCUACGUAAAUACCGAUUACGUCUCAAUCCCGCAAAGUGCGUAUUUGGGGCAAGGUCCGGGAAAUUAUUGGGCUUCAUGGUCGGUAGUAGGGGCAUCGCGAUUGAUCCAUCCAAGGUGAAAGCCAUAUGCGAGCUGCGACCCCCGUCUUCUGUGAAAGAAGUUCGCGGUUUGCUGGGGAGAUUGAACUAUGUGGCAAGAUUUAUAUCUCGGUUGUCGGAGAGCGCCAAGCCAUUUUUCAAACUUAUCAAAAAGAAUGCGAAGAUUGUAUGGGAUAUCGAAUGUCAGACCGCUUUCUUGAAGAUCCAGCAUUAUCCGACUCAUUCUCCUGUUCUAGUUCCACCUAUUCCCGGGGUACCUUUGAUCCUUUAUCCGACUAUCUACAAGGAGUCUUUGGGAGCCGUAUUGGUACGUAAAAGACCAUCGGAUGGAAAGGAAUGCGCGAUAUACUAUCUCAGCAAGAAAUUCUCUGAUUCUGAAGCUAAUUACUCGGAGGUCGAGAAGACUUGCGUAGCUUUAGUUUGGGUAUUACACGCAUCGCGGCGGUAUACCCUUCACCAUCGGAUCAUGUUAACCACCGAAUGUGAUCCCAUUAAGUAUCUGCUGGAAAAACCGACGUUGGUUGGAAAAUUGGCCAAGUGGCGGAUUCUUAUUUCCGAGUUCGAUGUGCGGACCAUGACACAGAAGUCGGUGAAAGGUCGAGCAAUAGCAGAUAUGUUAGCAGAGAAUGCUGCGGGAUCACGCAUCGAAGAUGGGAUAGAUCCUCUCGAUGAUCGUGUUUUACCGAUAACUACGAAAAAGUGGAUCAUGUAUUUCGACGGGGCCGUUAACUUGUCCGGAUCUGGCACGUGGGCGGUCCUUAUCUCCCCAGAUGGCCAACACUAUCCAAGAGCCGCCAAGUUAUUGUUUCCGUGCACCAAUAACAUCGUUGAAUACGAGGCCCGCAUUCUCGGACUACAGGCUGCCGUGGAGAUGGAAAUCCGGAGGCUGCAGGUUUAUGGCGACUCUGCCCUCAUUAUCCUUCGGACAGAAGGCAAGUGGAAGACUCGUGACCCAAAGUUGAUCCCAUAUCACGAGUUUACGGAAGAUAUAAUCGAAGAGUUCGAUGAGAUAGCGUUCGAGUAUCUUCCCAGAGCCCAGAACCGGUUCGCAGACGCGUUAGCUAUCCUAUCCUCGAUGUUCCAAGUGACUGCAGAUUCGGACAUCGAGCCAUUGAGAAUCGAAAUCUUGAAGCAUUCUGCUUACUCCAUGCUAAUAGAAGAAGAGGUAGAUGGAGAACCCCGGUAUCAAGAUAUUAAAGUUUACCCGAGGACCGGAGAGUUUCCUGAAGGUAGUGAAGCAGGUGACAGGAAAUAUCCGAUGAAACUGUCUUCAAAGUUUUUUCUCGGCGGCGAUACGUUGUACAAGAGGUCAUACGACUCCGUUCUCCCGAGGUGCGUGGAUGCCAAGGAAGCCAAUCGGUUGAUGACCGAAAUCCAUGAGGGUGAAUGUGGCCCCCAUAUGAAUGGCCACCUGCCGACGAAGAACGUGGCCGGGUUCUUGCGUCGAGAUAUCUUUGCCCGAUAUGGAGCGCCGGAGGCUAUAAUCACCGACAACGGUUCAAACCUUAACAACAAGGUGGUGGACGAGCUUCUUGCGGUGCUACCGGUGGAAACGGAAAUUCCAUCACUCGGGAUUCCGUCACAGUUGAAACUAUCAGAAGCAGAGUGGAUUCAACAGAGAUAUGAACGGUUGAAUAUGAUCGACGAGAAAAGACUGCGGGCUAUUUGUCACGGUCGGUGUUACCAGAAGCGUGUGGCAAAUUCGUUCAACCGUAAAGUUCGUCCUCGGCUUUUCAAGAUCGGUGACUUGGUGCUGAAGAAGAGAUUGACAUUUAUACCGCACCUUGGAGGCAAGUUCACGCCAAACUAUGAAGGGCCAUAUCUGAUCAAGAAAGUCCUCCCUGGUGGCGCAUUGAUUUUAGCCGAGAUGGAUGGCCGUGUCGGGUCGAGCCCCGUAAAUGCCGAUAUGGUGAAAAAGUAUUUCCCAUGA